AGAGUGGGAAUAGUAAAACCUUCAUCGACAGUGCAAGGCGUGGUUGGGGGUUUGCUUGCAUAGUUUGAGGCGUGAAGGAAACUGGGGUGGAGGUUAGCGACACUGACACUGUAGCUCGUUACCAACAGAGACACUGAUUUUUUUUUUUCUUUCCUUUUUUGUUGAGGAAUGCAGCUGUACCGUAACGUCUUCGCUGAGGAACACCGUUGCGUUGCUAAGGUCACAGGCGGUACUCCCAACAUGCUCUCCAAGAUAAAGGUGGUGAGGUUGAACAUUGCCCAGGUUUUGACGCUAGAGGAAGCAACCCAUUAGCUUAGAAUGAAGUCUUAUUAUGUUCAGAGGCAGUCUUUGGGAGGUCUUAUCCACUUUUGAAGGGCGUGAUUUCUCAGAAGGUCAACAUCCUGUAGAGCUUCCCCGUAAAAACUUUCAACCCUAAACUAAAGAAAGCAUAGCAUCUCUUGUGAGUGGCAUCAAUGGAGGAACAACGAACAACGAAGAGCUUCCCUGUAAAACCUAAGGUGAAAACGAAACCUAGAACUCCAAAGGAAACCCCAGAAUCCAAGUACUGGUCUUCCUUCAAGACUCAGCAAAUCCCUAAGCUCAUCUCUGUCCCAUCCCUCACCUUCUCCCCAACUCCACCUCACUCCUUUGCUGUCGCUCACUCUGCUUCUCUCUCCUUCUUCAGCUCCCAAACCUUAACCCCAACCUCCACUAUCUCCUCCUUCUCUGAUGUCGUCUCAUGCGCCUCCUUCCGCUCUGACGCCCGCCUCAUCGCCGCCUCCGACCUCUCCGGCCUCGUCCAAGUCUUUGACGUCAAGACUCGCACUGCGCUCCGUCGCCUCCGCUCCCACACCCGCCCCGUUCGGUUCGUCCAGUUCCCGCUCCUCGACAAGCUCCACCUCAUCUCCGGCAGCGAUGAUGCCCUCGUCAAGUAUUGGGAUGUGGCGGAGGAGACUCCAAUUUUGGAAUUGCAGGGCCAUAGGGAUUAUGUCAGGUGCGGAGAUUCCUCUCCUGUUAAUGCCGACAUGUUCGUUACCGGUUCCUACGACCAUGUCGUCAAGCUUUGGGACGUUAGGGUUAGGGAUUCGAAAUCGACGAUGGAGGUGAACCAUGGGAGUCCUGUGGAGGAUGUGGUUUUCUUGCCGUCGGGAGGGAUGGUUGCGACGGCCGGUGGGAGCUCCGUGAAGCUCUGGGAUUUGAUUGGUGGCGGGAAGCUUUUGUUUUCAAUGGAGAGCCACAACAAGACUGUGACUUCUAUUUGUGUGGGUCGAAUUGGGAAGGAUUCUGGGGAGGAAUCGAAUCAAAUUAGGAUUUUGAGUGUGGGUUUGGAUGGGUACAUGAAGGUGUUUGACUAUGCCUCAAUGAAGGUUACACAUUCCAUGAGGUUCCCUGCACCUCUUUUGUCUGUUGGUUACUCCCCAGAUUGUUCUACAAGGGUUAUUGGGACCUCUAAUGGGAUAAUCUAUGCUGGCAAAAGGAAGACAAAAAAGGAAAACGAAAACGAAAAUGAAAAUGGGGUGAGUGAGUCAAGUUUGUUUUGGAGAAUUAGGCCUGUGGAGCACACUGAAAGGCAAGUCUUGAGGCCUUCACAUUUUAGGUAUUUUCAAAGAGGGCAAAGAGAGAAACCUUCUGAGGGAGAUUACUUGGUAAUGAGGCCGAAAAAGGUGAAGUUGGCCGAGCAUGAUAAGCUGUUGAACAAGUUUAGGCAUGGGGAAGCUUUGGUGUCUGUGUUGGAAAGUAAAAACCCUGGGAAUGUGUUGGCUGUGAUGGAAGAAUUGGUGGCUAGGAAGAAAUUGCUGAGGUGUGUUUUGGAUUUGGAUUUGGAGAAGCUGGAGUUACUUUUGGUGUUCUUGCAUAAGUAUUGUACCAUUCCCAGAUAUUCGAGUUUAUUGAUGGGUUUGACAAAAAAAGUUCUUGAAAUGAGGGCUGAUGAUAUUAGAGCUUCUGAAGCUCUCAAGAAUCAUAUCAGAAAUCUUAAGCGGUCUGUUGAGGAGGAGAUACAGGUUCAACAGUCAUUGCAAGCGAUACAGGGUAUAAUUUCUCCUUUGUUGAAGAUUGCACCUGGUGAAUAUGUUCUCGCUCACUCCUUUUGAACUGUUCUCUGUGCAUCAUUCUAUCUAUGUCGGAGUCUUAUGACUAGAACUAUUUCUACUCUCCCUGCCAGCUAUUGUCAGAUGAGGACUCUCACUUGCCAUGUUUGGUCAUAUUUAUAGCAAUCAUAUACUUAGAUUAUUGGUAUGUAUCAUGUCAAGCGGCUUCAAUGCAGGAAAAUAGUUUUGUUGAGUUACUUUUUUGGUCUUGGAUGGGAGUCAUAUUGAAAUGCUAGUUGCUUAGAAUAUUCUGAAAUAUCUUAGUUUUUAUUCUGCGAUAAUUAUUUUUAAUCUAAGCUUUGUCAGUGUUAAACUUAGUUGCCAUUGUGAGUUUGGGAUAAUUCAUAUCAAGAGCAAUUGCUUCUUAAUCUCCUAAAAGAAUU